AUGGCUUUAUUCGGAUCUCCAUCAACUUCCACUUCCACAUCCACUCCUAAUGCUGUUCAAUCACAACAGUUGAAGCAACAAAUUCAAGACCAAAUCUCACAAGAAUUGGCAGUAGCUAAUGCCACUGAACUUGUCAACAAAAUCACUGAAAAUUGCUUUGAAAAGUGUGUAACUAACCCACAAAUCCUGUUGAAUCCACAAGAAGAUGGUUGUGUGAAUCAAUGUUUGGAAAAGUACAUGAGAUCUUGGAACGUUAUUUCAAAAUCUUACAUUACUAGAAUCCAACAAUCUUCUUCCAAUUAA